CGGUUGUUUCAGCGGUGGCCGAAGUCCGGGCCUGAACCGGGAAAAUGCUGCUGGCUCCCCAGGAAAGGUCCUCCUCAAGGAAGAGGACGGGGCUGAAUCGCUGGAAACAGUUUACAAGGAAGCCGAGUCCCACCAAGCCUGUGUUUGACCCUGACAAUGUGGAACACUGGAUUAAGAGAGUGGAGAAGGCGUCAGAAUUUGCAGUUUUAAAAACAUUUUCUGCUGGAAAUUCAGAUUUAUCCAGAAGGUUUUGGGGCCAAAUUGUAGAUUUGGAAACACCAGAGCAAAUAGAGGAUCAUGAUGAAGUCUACGCAGAAGCUCAGGAAUUGGUCAAUGACUGGUUGGACACCAAACUUAGGCAAGAACUAGCAAGUGAUGGGGAUGGUGAUGCUGAAGACACUGUGUCAGGUAUCCCUCCUGUGCCAGAAGCCAAUGGGCAUUUGAAAUAUGACAGUUUUGAUGAUUUAUGUGGUUAUUUGGAGGAAGAAGACGAAAGUACCACCGUUCAAAAAUUUAUAGACCAUCUGCACCAUAAAGACGUGGUGGAUUCUAAGAUAUUGGAAGACCUUGGAAUGAAUGGAAACCAAGACAAGAAGUGGCAGAAGGAUCCUCGUCUUACCAUGGAGAUGAGACAUAAGCAGGUAAAAGAAAAUCGCUUAAGACGUGAGAAAGAACUGGAGCACCAGAGAAUUGAAAAGGCCCUGAAAAAAUCUGCCUUCUUAGAGGCUCAGUAUCUGGUGCAAGAAGAGAAGAAAAGGAAGGCUCUAGAGGCCAAGAAAGAGGAGGAGGAGAUUCAAAGGGAGAUGGUAAAGCUGCGGAGGGAGAUAAUUGAGAGGAGACGCACUGUGGAAGAAGCAUGGAAAAUAGAGAAGAAAAAGCAAGAAGAAAAUUCUCCAAAAAGUCCAGAGAAAGGCAUGUUUCAAAGUGUUCAUAGUUUUCUGGAUGAAGAAAAAAUGGCAAAAGAAAGAAAGAAGAAACUGAAAGAGUUAUUGAUCCAGACUUUCAAGGAAAAUCACCAGUGUCAGAAGCGUUAUUUCUCCGCCUGGCACAAGCUGAUUCUUGACCAUCGGAUUAAGCUGGGCAAAGCUGGGACACUGUCCGACUGGAAGUUGCAGCUGAAGGUCCUGCGGGCCUGGAGAGACUACACAAGGUCCCAGAAGUUGGGGCGGGAGACUCAAGCCCUGGAAAAUGACCUUAGGGAAGAAAACAGAAAACAACAACUGGCCACUGAGUAUAACCGGAAACAAGUUCUCCGACACCAUUUUACAGAAUGGCUGCAUUGGCAUCGUGCAGAGAUCCUGAAGAGAGAGCUGGCCGUAACAAAGGAGGAAACUAGGAAGAAAAUGAAUGAGCUGCUGAAGGCGGCAUCACUAGGGAAACUCAGUGCAAAGGUUUCAUCAAGCAUCAGUCUACUUGAGGAGGCAACAGCCAUGCAGGAUCCACCUAGAAGUGGAGAGGUGGCCGCCGUCCCCCCUGUGUGGGAAGAGCCUCCCCAGGGGAGCAAUGGUUGUAUGCCCAGCCCCCACCUAGGAAGACCAACAAAGAGCAUCUUGCAGGCUCCCCUCCAGAAUGUCCCUCUGGAUACACCUGACAGUAAACCGCACAAGGCCCUAGACGUUGAGCCCUCCCGACAGCCUGGCAACAAAGAGAAGCUCAGAACCAGCAGCCAGAAAGCAGAACCUAUGUGCAUGGGUCACUUCCACAACCGCCACAUCUUCCAGCAACAGCUGAUUGAAAAGCAGAAGAAGAAACUUCAGGAACAGCAGAAAACAAUUCUGGAGCUGAAGGAAAACCAGCGGCGGGCAGAGGCUUGGCGGGUCGCAGGGAGAGCCGACACACAGAGCUGCCCACUGUCAAACCCCGGAGAAGAUGAACGGAAAGGAACCUGCCAGGUGCUUCCAAAUUCGCCUGUUACUUCCCCUGGGACUGAAGGUAGUAGAAGUGACUCCCGAAAUUCUCUGUCUGGACCCAGAAGGAACCCAAGGCAGCCGAUGGCACCCCAUCCUAUACUGAAAGCCAUGGAAGAGAGAGCAGUUCAGAGAGCUGAACGUAGGCGGAUCUUGGCAGAGAGGAAGAAAAAACAAGAAGAGGAGAAAUUGGCCCAGUUAAAGGCCCAGGAGGAGGAGCGGCAGAAGAGGGAGGCAGAAGAAAAGGAGGCUCAGCUUGAGAAAAAACGAGAAGAGAAGAGACUGAAGAAAAUGAAAGAACUAGAGAAGCAGAAGAGAAUUAAGAGGAACCAGCAACUGUUAGCAAUAGCCAAAGAACAUUAUGAAAGGGUAUUGCUAAGAAAAAAGGGUCUGGAGCCUUGGAAGAGGCUGAGACUGGAAAGCAAGCAAAACCUCCAGGUGGCCAAAGAGCAUCACUCUUUGGCCCUAGAGCGGAAAUGCCUGCUGACCUGGUUCCAGUGGAGUCAGGAAAGCCUGGCUAGGAAGAUGGCCCAGGCUGAUCAACUUUAUUUGCAAACACUGCUUAGGAGAGUCUUCCGGAGCUGGCUACAGUACCUGACUGAUCUAGAGGAAGAAGUACGAAAACUGUGUGUACAUUUUCUUCAGAAGAAGAUUUUCAGGGCCUGGUGUAACACGGUCAGGGAGGCCAGGAUCGAGUCUCAGAACAAGCACAAGGUUGCGGCAGAGCACAGUGACAGGAGGAUUCUCUGGAUCACAUUUCAGACAUGGAAGAAGUUUGCAAAAUUUACGAAAGAGGAAAGAGGAAAAGAAGAAAGGCGAGAGCGGCUCCGUAGGAAGGUAGCUGAAAUUCUUCCAGACUUCCAGAUGUUCACGCCACGGUGACUCAGCUGUACAGCAGUCAGACGUGCAGCCCUUGGUUAUUGGUGCCUCCUCUUCGAGGCUGUGAUGCUCGGACAGCAAGGACCGUUUUGUGUGUUGUGUAUCCCCCACACAACCAGCAGUGUCUGACAUAACAGCAUUCAAAAUCUGCUCGUUGAAUGAAUCAUUCCUAAAUUGUUCUUAACGCACAAGAAAACGGAGGCGCCAUGAGACUGCUAUAAACGUCCUCAAGGAAGCUGUGGGUGGGCAGCCAGGAGCCGUGCUAAGGUUGCUCAUCUCCGUUCCUUUCCACACAAGGCUGAGGAGCAGUGAGCGGACAGCUCCCAGCACCAGCAGCCCGCUCCCUGUCAGCUCUGAAGGCGCACCAGGAGCACCGUCACGAUUCCAAUCCCGCGUCCCAGAACCACACACGAUCACAUGGGACAAGGAAAGCUGCCUCCAGCUCCUUAAUAAGACUGUGAGGAGAGGCUGCCGAUGAAUGUCUGCCAACUGGUUAUUUUCAAGCAUUUGCAAAUGAGCUAGUGGAAAAUGCGUUCAGAAUCUUCAUUUGUUAAGCUGAAAGGGACCUCAGGGAUGAUUAAAUCACCGCAAAGAUGAGGAAAACUGAGGCCCAACGGGAUGUGAAUCACGGGUACACAGCACUGAGAACACAGGAGCGGGACUAUGUUCCUCACUUCAAUUGCGGGGCCCACAGAAAGUCUAGAAAACUCACGCUGACUAGCAGACAGACACAGGGACCCCCAGAGCCUUUGCUUUCUUCUCACUCUUUGUUUUCAAGACACUCCCUGCUCUGUCCACGCAGCGCCCCUGUGCGGGCCCUUGUCUGUACUAGCCUGUGCACAGAUCUGCCCCUCGCCACUGUAGAUGCAGACAUUCGUGGCUGUUAGAACAGACCGGCCCUCCUCCUCAGGUUAAGUUCCUGUCUUCUCUGUGUUGAGAGUCUUCACAGGUUGUGAAAUCCUUCAGUAACGGCUAUUCUUAGUGGGGGG